CGUUGGCACAUGUUUCUUCGCCCUCCUUGUAUAUACGUUGUGUGCGAUAUAUACAUUGUGUAUGUCCUUUUACCAGGUUGAAGAGAAUUAGUCCUUUUAACUGGCGAGUGGCGACGAGGAAAGUCGUUUCAUAAAGCCUGCACAAGCCAACUGUUCAACACGGGAACUCGUUCCAUGGAUUGACUGGUCUUGUACUUAUUCGCAACUGGGAAUAUGUCAUUUUAGCGUGUCCUAUCAAAAACCUUGAUAGAUGCAUACAGGAAUAUAUACACUGAGUAUACGCUUUCUAGACUUUCUGCAACGGUCUGUGAUUUCAAAUUAGAAGCAUAGAAAGCCCCAGCCAUGAGAGAAGAGUUGUUAUUUUUAUAUUUACUAUGAUUGGGGAAGUUCUGAGGCCAUGGAUCGUUUUAGGACUUUUGGAUCUCCAGGCCCAUCUCCAUCUCCAUCCGUAUCUCCAACUCCAUCUCCAUUUCCAUCUCUAGCUCUGUCUCUGUAUGGUGACCAGUACAGUGGAGCGCAUAGAAGCCAUGCGGUUAUUAUAUCAGUAGCCAUAGUUUGCAGCCUGGUUUUUCUGGGAUUAUUAUUGUUUGGAUUCUACCGCUGUAGAAGAAGAGAUGUAGGUAGAAGAAGCACUACAGAAAGGAAAAUUGAUGGAUUCUCCCAAAAUCUCAGUAAUGGCAAUGUAUCAAGGCAAAUCAGUGAAAACAGCAGCCCAGAUUUGAGGAAAAGUUCAUCAGCAGAUCACAUCAAUCCUCCUAUCUCUGCUAUCCGUGUUAUAACACACAAAGAAGCCCAGGUGUUUACAUACAGGCAGCUCCAAUUUGCUACAAACAAUUUCAACCCUGCUAAUGUUAUAGGCAAUGGAGGAUUUGGGUUAGUGUACAGAAGCAUCCUGCCUGAUGGCAGAAUAGUGGCCAUCAAACAGCUUGAUAGAGGUGGCAAGCAAGGAGAACAUGAAUUCAGAGUUGAGGUGGACCUUCUGAGCCGCUUGCAUUCUCCCUAUCUGCUUGAGCUGAUUGGUUAUUGUGCAGAUCAAGACCACCGCCUUCUUGUGUAUGAGUACAUGUCUAAUGGGAAUUUGCAGGAACAUCUUUACUCUGAUGGUUCACCAGGCAAUCCACCUUUAUUAGAUUGGGGAACACGGUUGAGAAUAGCCUUGGAUGCAGCUAAAGGUCUAGAAUACCUUCACGAGCAGGUCAUUCCUCCAGUGAUACACCGUGAUUUGAAGGCCAGCAACAUCCUGCUUGAUGAAAACUUCAAAGCUAAAGUGUCUGAUUUUGGGUUGGCAAAGCUUGGUUCGGACAAACUUAAUGGUGAAAUAUCAACUCGGGUUCUAGGAACUACAGGAUAUGUUGCCCCCGAGUAUGCUUUGACAGGACAUCUUACUACAAAAUCAGAUGUAUACAGUUUUGGUGUUGUGCUUCUAGAACUCUUAACUGGCCGUGUACCUGUGAAUAUGAAGAGGCCUCCUGGACAAGGUGUCCUUGUCUCAUGGGCUCUUCCCUACCUUACAGACAGAGAGAGGGUUAGUGAAGUGGUAGAUCCUUUUCUGAAAGAACAAUACUUAAAGAAGGAACUGAUACAGGUUGCAGCCAUUGCAGCAAUGUGUGUACAGUCAGAAGCUGAUUAUCGACCUCUUAUGACCGAUGUUGUUCAAUCACUUAUUCCCCUUGUUAGACAACACACUGGAUCCAGAGUGACAAGUUCUCCCAACUUCCGCCAUCAUAUGGUUACUGUCAAAUCCUCCUCAAUUGACAGUGGAAGCAGUGGAACCAGCCUUAACAGCCCGCGCAUAAUCUAGGUUGAAUCAGUCUGGGAAAAGUAGGCAUGCUGCUAGCCCUGCAUCCUCUUAUCUUGGGUGUCAAAGUAGGGUUCUAAUUAUUUACAGAGUAUGGGUACAUGACUAAUUUACUGUAAACAAGGUUAGAUCUACACCUGAAAGCUUCAAGGUUGCUUACUAAACCUGGCAGUUAAAUCUAUUCGCAUUCUUGCUGAAGAAUCUUGUGGGAUAAGGACAUCGGAGCUGUUCUAAGUCUUUCAUGAAUCUUGGGUGCUCGAUUAUGCUGUUUGUGGCGAAGCUGGUUCAAACAAUUGAUACAGUAGAUGCUAAGCUAUGUACCAGCUACUACUGCAUCUAUACUACAGAAUUUUGCUCUCUUUUUUCAAGCAUUGUAUCUUUAGAAGAAACUAUUUCAGCAAAACCUUGGCUUUUGCUUAUAUCACCCACUAUUCAAGGCCUGAAGUAGAGUAUCCUAUACCCUGUAUUGAAUUGUAGGUUUUCAUAUGUCCCUGUUCCAGUUUGAUGGAACAUUCUCCUGUUGCGAGCUGAUUUUCAUUCCAUGUUAUAUCUAUUUUAAAGGAAGGUUCUUCUUGAACUUUUAGCUUCUGUCUUCUGAAUAUAUCCCUCGGCUAGUUAUUCUCUUAUACAUUUUCCAGGAUUCCAUUCAUGCGACCUGUUCUACACUGUCUGAACUCAACCCAUUGAAUUUGGACCUCUCUAGUUCAAUGUUAAUGGAUUUGUAGAUUUCACAUCCUAUUAAAGCAGUUUUGAAUAAAAACUAGAGCAGUGGGGAUAAAGCUAUUUGAGAGGAAAAACAAUUAUCCUCUAGUCAUUGUCAUUGUUAUUGCAAUGUAUGAUAAUUAUCCUCUAGUAGAGGGUUUGUGCUCAAAGUUUUUCUUCCAGGACAGUUUCAUGGAAAUAUGUAAUUGUGCUUACAUUAAUAAGUGAUUAUUCUUUUUGAA